AUGAAGGAUACUUAUACGGAUCAAGGUCACUCGAAUGAAAAUCUGAUUAUACGUAUCCUUCAAUAUGGUCUAAAAAAGCCCGGAUCCCUCGCUGGAGAUAAGGUAAUCAAAUUAGUAAACGGCAGUAAUUAUGGUACCGGAAUUUACACAUCAAAAAUUCCGUUGUACUCACAGCUGUAUGCGCCAAUGACCAGUUGGGAAGGCAAAUACUUUCAAACAAUUUUAAUGGUGCGACAAAAGUCAGAUUCGAUUGAUACUCAGGAGGGAGAAGGCACGUAUUCGACAAGCUUGCUUGGAAACACCAAUAUUCAUAAGUUAUACAAGGGAAAGAUUUCAUCAGAUGAAAUGCAAUAUGUUUGCUUUGAUGAAAAUCCGGUCCGCCCGCCAGGAUCCGUGAACGGACCGGGUUCGGACCCUAUUGAGAUCCGCCCG